GUAUAGUGUGAUUACCAAUUGAGGUUGUGAGCGAAUUUAGUUCAUAACGUGUUAAGAUUCUAACCUUUUUAUAUUCGAAAAAGUUCAUUCGUGUGCUUAAAUUUUCGGAAUAGAAAUAACGUAAUGAAUGUUUUGACGAAUACGUCAUGCCGGGUGGCCAACAAAAUUAUAAGAAGAUUGCAGUCCUCAUCUUCUACAGCAUCUUCUACAGUUGACAUAAAAAUACCAGAUAGAAUAGAGCGUGGACCAACAGAUAUCUUAAGAGCUUUAGAAAGAACUAUCUCUAGGGAUCCUUUUACUCCACAUUAUAAAUAUUAUGACGAUCCAUAUUUAAUACCUACAUCUAAACAAACUCAACGACAAUAUGCAUUAUCAUUUGAAUCUGGUAGAAAAACAGGAAUAUGGGUUCAUCAAGAACAUGCUGAAUUAUUUAGACAGAAUAUUGCUGAUCCUACUAUACAGGAAUUUAUGCCACCUGCCACAUAUACAAAAAAAGAGCAAGUUUCAGAAGAAAUAUUAUUAAGUACAAUAUCAGAAGGUAAAACGCUUGAAGCGUUAGAAAUAUAUAAAUUAUUGGAAGAAAAUGUGUCGAUAAAAGCUAAGCAAUUUCUUUUAGAAUUGUUAUGCUUUUCUAAUAGUUCAAAUCUUAAGCAAUUUACCUUUCAAGAAGAAUCCUGGUAUAUGUUUGUUGAUCAUGAAAAGAAAAAACAUACUUGGAAUUUUAGACAGGCAGCAGAAAUUAAGGAACUAUUUAAUUUCUUGAUAUCGCAAGAUGCUGAAACAGCUGCUGCUGCAUACAAUACUUUAAUAUGUGGCAAAGCUAAAUAUUUACAAACACAGGAAGCUUGGUCCUUAUUUUUACAAUGUAAAGAAAACAAAAUACCAUUAAAUGUUAAUGCAUAUAAUGCAAUAAUAAGAAUAAUACCAUAUGUGAGAGAAGUUUUAAAAGAACCUACCAGUGAGGUAUUUAAAAUACUUAAAGACAUGAAUGCAAAUGGCAUACAUCCUAAUUUAGCCACAUUAAAUUCCUCUUUAGAAAUAAUUUAUACAUUAAGAUCAUAUAAAAUAGCAGCAGAAUUUACAUAUUCUUUAUUGGAAGAAUUUAAAUUACUAGAAAUAAAACCAUCAUUAACCACGUAUUGCCAUAUACUUUUUUUGGAAAAUCAAGAUAGUGAAACCUUAAUCACAGUUUUAGAGGAUAUGUUAAAUGUGUUAGAAAAGAAUACCCUUGAACUUCGUGAUUCAAAAGAUAUUAAUUUCUUCCCUACUGCAAUGGAAAUAGUUAGAAGAGAAAGUAACUUGGAACUAGGAGAAAAACUGCAUGAACUUCUUCUAAAAGACGACAAUUAUAAAUUUAUUGCUAAUGCUUAUUCUGAGAAUGUCUACUAUAGACACUAUGUUUUCUUAAAACUGGCAAUGUUACCAAUAGAAAAGUUUUUUGAAUUUUAUUAUAAAUUAAGUACACAUAUUUAUAUGCCAGAAACGAGUAUUAUGGAAAACAUUUUAAUAACCUUACAAUUGCAGUCAAAAGAAGUUAUUAUAGAAAACUUACCAAAACUUUUGUCCCAAAUAAAAAUAUUUACUAUGUUAGAUAAUGAACAUGUAACAAAAGUAGCUCUAGAUAUAGCUUGUCGUUGUGACAUUGAAAGUGAAUCUCCACUUCAUAAAGUAUUUGCAUCAUUUGCUUUGGAUAUCUGGCAUUUUAAACAGUCAAAAUCCUCAAGUAUUAGACAAGUUUUAUGGAAUGUUGUAAUAUUGAAAGAUAUAGCUUUGGUGCUCUUGCGUGCUAGUUGGUACAAUGAAGCAUCAGAGAUAAUAUCGUUUAUUAUAUCUCAUGAAGCACCUAUGAUGGGUGCAUUAAAUGUCACACAAAUCAAUGAAUUGUUAGAAAUUUGUAUUUUACAAGGCUAUGCAUCAAUUGCUCUUCAUUUAAUCAAAUAUGCAAUGAAAUUUGAUUUAGAAGAGACUGCUAUGAUGGCUAGAAGAGUAUAUAAUGUUAUUCCACUCACUGUGGCUGAGAAAGAGAAAUUGAUCAGUUUAGUGGGAAGUGAUGUACUUCAAUUGCAACUAUCUGAUCAGCACUAAUUCCAUAAAUACAUAAUGAAUACUAGUCUGUAACCUUUCUAUUGUAUUAUACUGAUCUAUAAAUCUAUUGACUCUCGUAA